GGUGUCGAUGCUGCACAGAUCUUGAUAGAAUUUUGAUUGCUGGAGCCCAGAGAUCUGUUCUGCACUUCCGAGCCCUUGCCGGGUCUGCGAAUGAAGUUACUGGUGGUAUUCCUGCCCUUGGCGGCCACUCAGUGCCUAUCAGCUUCAGUCGAUUCAUCGCUCAGGAGAUCGACGCCACCACUCCCUCCGCAGCAUCGACAUGCCGCCUCUGAACCCCUCGCUGCUUUCCAGCCGCUUGCAACGGGUCAUUUACUGUCCAGGAAGCUGCCACAUUAUGGCUCAAGAUCGAUUCAUCCAAUCGAGGAAGCUCCGCUAAGGACACCGCUGUGGAACAAUGCAAAGGGGGAAGUCAUCCCACGGUCGGCGCCGACGUCACCGGAGGCGGUCAGGAGGAGGCGGGAGAGGAGCAUCUGGGCAGGCCUGGCCUCUGCCAAGGCCCUCGUCAGCGUGUCGGUCUUCAUCGCCCUCGACAUUGCGUUUCGGCAGCUCCUGGCAUCGCUCAACAUCACCUUCCCCAGUGCACUCAUCGGCAUGGGGCUCGUGUUCGCCUCACUGCUCGUCCUUGAGCGCGUCAACCCCUCUAAAGCGGCUGACGUGGCGGCCUUCCUCGACCUGGGUGCGUCUGAGAUCAAGAAGUGGCUGCCGGUGUUCUUCGCCCCCAAUCUGGUGGUCCUGCCGCUGAACCUGCCGCCUCAGCUGGGCAGAAUAGUCGGCCUUGUGGUGGCUGGGCUGCUCUUCAGCUUGACUAGCACCGCUGGACUGGUGGCCGCAACUACCAAGGUCAGCCACCCGAUGGCCUUCCAAUCCACAUACACCAAGGGUGUGACCUACUUGUGUUGUUUGUCUGCCUGCAGGUGGCCGAGCGCCUUUCCAGCUCAGCGUCCUCCUCCUCCACCUCCUCAUCCCAAUCCACUCGACAACGCUCCCCUCCCUCCAGCUCUAGCAGCGUGUCGUCACGGCCGCCCAAGUACUACGGUCCGUUUGGCGAGGGCGUGGCGGGCACAGUGGCGAUUCUCUCGGCCGUGUCCUUCGGCCUGUCGGUAAUCAGUGCCCGGCAGGGCUGGGGCGGCCAGGCCGUCUGGGUGUACCUACUCAGCAUGACACUCAGCGGGUCAGCGAGUGGCAACACGCACACACACAUCGAUGGCCUGUAGAGCGCCUCUCUGUCAUUUCGUUUGUGUGUCCAGUUACGUGUUUGGCACCAGCUGUCCCCCCUCCCUGACUCGGUGGCUGCACCCCGUGGUCAUCUGCUCCCUCUCCACCAUUCUCGGCGCCGUUCUGCUUGGAUCAGCCACGCAGCGGAGCUGGCAAGAGAUCCUCGCCCCCUACAUCCUUGCCAACGGCCAUGUCGGCCCCGGCAACGCGCUGCUCUUCCUCCUGGGCCCCGCAGUGCUGACCUUCGGCUGUCAGAUGUAUGCGUAUCGGCGGCAGAUGAGGCGGAAUCUGACAGAGGUGAUUGUGGGGUGUCUGGGGGCGGCGCUGUUGGGGCUCUUCGGCACUGCGGUGAGUGAGUGUGCCCGAAGACGGUAGUGCCUGCCGGCAUUCACUCGUCGAUGCUGUCUGUCUGUCUGUCUGUCUGUCGCGUUGCUCAGAUCGGUGCCAGGUUGAUAGGCCUCGCGUCAGAUCUGCGGCUUGCCACGUUGCCGCGGUCCAUCACUGCCCCGCUGGCCAUCGAAGUCGCCAACAUGCUGGGCGCUGAUGGCCGGUAGGUACACCACACACCCCACGCAUUGCACAUGACAUGUCUGUUGUCUUCCCGCCCUUACCUCUGUCUGUGUGCCUGCCUGGUCUGGUGCGUGCAGGUUGGCAGUUGCUCUAGUGGUUCUGACGGGCAUCCUUGGCGCCAAUUUCGGGGCCCUCCUGCUGACCUCGUUGGGCAUUACCAACCCGACGGCCCGUGGGCUGGCCAUGGGAAGCGCCGCCCACGGGCUGGGGACGGCGGCGAUUGUGAAUGAGGGAGAGGCUUUCACCUUCAGCGCGAUAGCGAUGGCGCUGACGGCCACCUGGACGACGGUGCUGGUGAGCAUCAAGGCACUCAGGGACGGGCUUGUCAAGGUGGCACUGGGGUGAGGUGAGUGAGAUGAGGGACAUUUGACAUACAUGAGUGGGUCCCUGACUUGACUGGUCAAUGGCGAGAGGCGAGAGAUCAUUCUGAUGCGUGCCUGAGGGUGAGAGUGAGGGUGAGGGUGAGAG